UCGCAAAUAACCGGGCACGUGACUUCUGAAGUAGCAACAGAAGCCUUCAAAAACUUGGUAUACAUCAACUUGGUUACACCUUCAUGAUCACCAGUCACCGUGAAGCUGUAUCGUGUGAUUUACUUACCAGCUUAAUUGUUGUAAAGCACUUAUCCUUGUCGACAGUUUAUACAUGAAUAGUAUGAAUAUAUAAGUAUAUGACUUGAAAAAAACAAGCGGAAAACCGAAGAAGUUUCUCACGGAGUCACUACACGUGUCCACCUUGAUUUAAGAUCUACAGGAAUCACUCUGGAAUUAUGAGUGCAAAUUUAUCGGAUAUUGAAAAGUUCGACGAGUUGUUUCCUGUGCUUUUAGAAGAUAUUAGCACAGAAUGGAAAAACCAAUUUGAAGGUGACGAUUUGCUGGAAAGAGUGAGAGAAGUGUGUUCAUAUAAUGUUCCUUUCGGCAAAAAGAAUCGAGGCACAACAGUUCCGGCGGCCUACACAGGUUUAAUGAAUGGACAAGUUUCCGAAGACGAUCUUCGCCUGGCUCGGAUUUUAGGUUGGUGCAUCGAGUGGCUUCAGGCUUUCUUUCUAGUCGCAGACGAUAUUAUGGACAAUUCCGUCACGCGUAGAGGCAAGCCAUGCUGGUAUCGGGUGGAAAACAUCGGGAAAAUUGCCAUUAACGAUUCAUUUUUCCUCGAAAUGUCGAUUUAUACUUUACUGAGGAAAUAUUUCCGCAGCAAGCCUUAUUAUGUCGAACUGUUGGAGUUAUUUCAUUCGAUAACCUCAAAGACCGUCAUGGGUCAAAUGCUUGAUUUGGUCAUCGUUCCGCCUGAUGGCAAGAUAGAGUUUGAGAAAUUCAGUCUAGAAAAAUAUAAGAAAAUUGUCAAAUUCAAAACUGCUUUUUAUUCUUUUUACCUACCCGUUGGGCUGGCCAUGUACAUGGCUGGCAUCAAAGAACAGGAAAUCCAUAACGAAGCCAAGGAUAUUCUAUUACAGAUGGGGGAAUACUUCCAAAUCCAGGACGACUACUUGGAUUGUUUUGGAGAUCCCUCCGUAACGGGGAAGAUCGGGACCGACAUCGAAGACGGUAAGUGUAGCUGGUUGGUUGUGCAAGCCCUGUCCUUAGUGUCCGACGAACAAAAGACUGUCUUGGAACGAAACUAUGGAUGCGACUGUCCCCACAAGAUCCAGUGUGUGAAAUCGCUAUACAAGGAACUUAAGCUUGAUGAACUUUUCUUGAAGUACGAAGAAGAAAGUUACAAACUUUUACUGGAGAAAAUUGAGAAAUGUUCGCAUUUACCGAAAGAAAUAUUUCUUACGUUUGCUAAAAAAAUAUACAAGCGUAAAAUGUAAUUUAUUACAAUAUUUUUAAUACAAAAACAUUUCGAGUGUGUGUGUGUCUGUGUGUGUUUAUUUAUAUAUCUAUAUUCGCAAGAAGAGGGCAAUUAUGUGUGUGUGUGUGUGUACACGUAAUUAUAUAUAUAAGUCAUUUCUCGUGUUUACAUUUUUAACCAUUACAGCUAACAUCAUUGUACAUAGAUCUAAAGUAAAACUCAAAAGUCCAGUCUAGUGUUGUUAUUUGUGAGAUCAAAUCCCGCCAGGUCCUGUUUUUUUUUUUUUUUCAGUUUCAUUUAUAUAUUUAGAGUCGAUUAAUUACGUACGGGUAACUACUUUAUAGCAGUCUCGUAUUUCUAGCAAUAAUAUAUUUAAAAAAAAAAAAAAUCAAAAUAUUCGUUUCAUACAAUAACAAUGUUGGUUUAAUAAUUUCAAUAAUCCAAGAAAUGUUGAAAUUUGAAACAUGGUUACAAAUUCCAUCCAAGUAGAAACACGUUCAGUAUAAUUCGAAUAACCUUACAAUGUCAAAAAACAACGAAUAGAUUUGCAUUGCCCAUUAACUGAAACAAAUACAGUGUUAUGUACAAUUAAAGGGGGCAAGAUUGCCUUAAAGAGACCGGCUUUAAGUAAAUUAGGUGUAUUAACUUGUGUAUCUGGGGUACUGCUAUAACGAACAAUGCGAUCGAGCACAUAUAUGUUCGAAGAAUUUUCCCGUGAUUAUCCCAUCUUUUUUGUUGUCCCUACUCUUAUUCUUUCAAGAUAGAAGGGUGUGAUUUUAAGAGAUUUGGCUGCUACUUAUAACAUGUCAAAUGGCCAGAGCUCGAUUAUUAAGUAGCACUGUUAUUUGAGUUUCUAGUUUAUAUGGUUCUAUAUUCUGCGAAUAGAAAGAAAAGAAGCGACGGUCCUAAAUUGUUUGUAUUAAUAUCUAUCAACCGGUAAUCAAUAAUAUAUUCGAGGUUUAACGUAAUCAGCAAGCAGAUUAUAUGGUCAUGGUUGGAAUGCUUUAGAUCAUGAGUUUUCUGGGUCAGAGUAGACCUACUUAGACAGCAAACUAGUCUAAAAAGAAGUGGGUGGAAUUAGGAAAUAGCAGCUCCCUCGAGUUCUCUUACAUCAUAGGAAAGGAAAUGGUACGGAAGAAGAGUGCAGAAAAAAAUUGAAUUUUGGGGUAAAACAUUCCAGAAUUGUAGUUUCCGUUGUAUGAAACACACAUUCGGAAUUUAUUUGGAAUUUUAGUUUUUGUAAAACAAUUUAGGCAAUUCCUUCGAUAUAUCGAAAGAAUGCUACAAUUUUAAUACCGUCGCUAUUUUUUUUCUUUCUGUCGAAUCUAGGACCGUAAGAGUGACUAUGAAUACUUGUUUUGUAAGAUGAGUAUAAUCUGGUAAAAAUUUGCCGGCAAAGGGCAUUGAAUUUGGGGGUAAAAAUGUUAAAAAUUGCAUUUCUGUGUUUUAAAAAAAAAAUUUUUUUUUUACAAAAAAUUCUUUCACAGAAGGAAACUGCCAUCACCUAAUUCAUUGGCAGUAGUGGUAGUUACUUCGAAAAACCGCCGAUCAGAAAUCACACCCGUGUCAAGAGACAGGUGUAACUUUACUCGUAUUAUGGUGGUGUCGAUAAUGGCUUUUCGUGCCAGACGGAUCACUCAUUUGCAGAUGAAUAUCACCACACCCCCAUUCUCGUCCUCUCCCUCGCUCUCCUACGAAUUCAUGCGAAAGAAAUAUUCAUCUGUAUGAAGUUCUAUCAUUUCUUACCGGGUAGCAGUAGUCGAAUAUUAUUAACCUUUUUUCCCCUUUCACCUUACGCUUUUUUGACAGGUGGUUCUCUCUGCACCACCACUGAAAAUCUCCCUCCAUCAAGCUCUCUCUCUCUCUCUGUAUACAUUUCCACCCCCCCUCUCUCUCUAUCUAUCUAUGUAUGUUUGUAUGUGUGUGUGUGCGUGCGAAUUGAAGUUAAAGUAUGUAUGCGUCAUAUCUCAACUUCUGAAGGUAAAUUCGCUGCAGAUAUUGUAGAGAAAAAAAAAUCUCUUACGGUAAAAAAAGGUGGUCUUUUUUUUUUAAAAUCCUCUUUCACCAUAAGAAAUUUUUUGCUCUUCGGUAACUGCAGUGAAUUUGCCUUUAGAAGAUAAAAUAUGUCACAAAAACAUAUUUUAACUAACCUGAAGUUCGCUAAUGCCUAAACACUGCUUGGCGCUGAUACCUCUGUGUGUAUACCUACAUACUUACAGCGAGAGAGAGAGGGUCCUCGGAUACGUACGGCUCACCUUGUUUACUCAAGCAAAAUAUUCUCUCUGUUAUUCGACCUACAACUUUUCUCAGGUUUCACAUACACCUUUUUUUUUUAUUCAAGGCACGCACAGUUUGCACGAGAGCACACACAAACGCACAUCCUUUCCUUCAAUUUCCCUGGUUCAGUUAAGAAUUCCAAUAUCUUAAAAUUUCUUAUUGUUAUGUCUAUCAGUGUUUGCUUGUUUAACCUUUCUAGUUCUUUCGUUAGAAAGGUAACUUGAUUGUCAGGUUAACAGAACGGUAAUAAAGCGGAUGAGUGACUCAUAGAUUUUUUUUU